ACCUUGAGUGGCUCAGGAAGAACAAAGAGGCCACCCUUGAGAGCAGCGGCACAGCACAAUCACCACCAGUACCACCACCACCACUGCAUAGGCCAGGAGAACAUGCUUCUAGCAACGUUUAAGCUGUGUGCUGGGAGCUCCUACAGACAUAUGCGCAACAUGAAAGGGUUGAGGCACCAAGCUAUGCUGGCCAUUGGUCAGGAGCUGAACCGGAGAGCCCUGGGAGACCCUAGUGGUGCAUGGAUUAACCAGGUUCGACAUCGGCGGAGCUCUCUACUUGGUUCUCGGCUGGAAGAGACUCUCUACAGUGAUCAGGAGCUGGCCUAUAUCCAGCAGGGAGAGGAGGCCAUGCAGAAGGCCCUGGGCAUCCUCAGCAACCAGGAGGGCUGGAAGAAGGAGAACCAGCAGGAAAAUGGGGACAAAGUACUGAGUAAGAUGAUCCCAGAUGUAGGCAAAGUGUUCCGGUUGGAGGUGGUGGUGGACCAGCCCUUGGACAGGCUCUAUGAAGAACUGGUAGAACGCAUGGAGGCAAUGGGAGAGUGGAACCCUAAUGUCAAGGAGAUCAAGGUCCUGCAGAGGAUUGGAAAAGACACAGUUAUCACCCAUGAGCUGGCUGCAGAAGCUGCAGGAAACCUGGUGGGGCCCCGUGAUUUUGUGAGUGUGCGCUGUGCCAAGCGCCGAGGCUCCACCUGUGUGCUGGCAGGCAUGGCCACACAAUUUGGAGAGAUGCCUGAGCAGAAAGGUGUCAUCAGAGCUGAGCAUGGUCCCACCUGCAUGGUGCUUCACCCACUAGCUGGAAGUCCUUCAAAGACCAAACUUACUUGGCUGCUCAGUAUUGACCUCAAGGGGUGGCUGCCAAAGACUAUCAUCAAUCAGGUCUUAUCACAGACCCAGAUGGAGUUUGCGAAGCACCUGCGCAAGCACCUGGAGUCCAGACCUGCUGCUGAGGCCCGGUGUUAG